AUGAGACUUAUAUUUAAAUCAAUUAUAAUAAUUAGUAUUAUUAUUAUUCCAUAUUGCCUUGCUGAAGAUUGGAGUAUAACUGUAUAUACAGGAACAGAACGUUUUGCUGGAACAGAUAGUAAUGUUUAUAUUCGUUUAUUUAAUUCACAAGGUGAAAGUACAAGUGAAUAUCAAUUAACUCAUAAUAAUUGGAUGCCUGAACAUGAAUUUCCAGUACGAAAUUUAUUUGAACGUGGUGCAAGAGAACGAUUUGAAAUUAAAACAGAAGAUAUAAAAACUGUUGCAAAAAUUCAAGUCCGACAUAAUAAUUUUCCAUGGUGGCAAGCCGAUUGGUUACUUGAUCAAGUUGUAGUUGAGCGUAACCGUGACAGUGCUAAAUAUGUAUUUAAAUGUAAUUGUUGGCUACGAGGAGAACGUCCAUAUGUAACACUUUCUACUUUUCCAGAUCCACGUUCUAAUGAUAAAGAUAAAACUAACCGUUUAUCUUCGAAAACUAAGCGAGCUUUUAUUACUAUUCUAUUAGUUUUAAUUGGCUUAAUAUUGAGUAUCUUUUGUUGUUACAAUAAAUAUUAUCGUCAACAACGACAUGCAUCCUUAUCUUUGACUGAUACAAUUGAACAAACUCAAUGUGAAUCAUCUCCUUUUGAUAGGCAUCCACAAAUACCGAGAUCAUCAACUCAAUCAUUACGUCCACAACAUUGGAUGAAUAUUUUACGUCAAUGGAAAAACGGUCCACAUAGAUCAUCAUCAGAGAGUUAUACACCAACAUCACAGUCAGUAGCAGCAGGUGUUCCUCAAUUAACAGUAGAAAUAUCUCCAGCCGACGAACCACCUGCUUAUAAAGAUUUAUAUCCAAACUCAACGAAUAAUACUUCGAACUCAAAUUUAUGA